AUGACAACAGCCCAAGCAUCAAGCAGCAGCACCAGCACCACCAUAAAGAAGAAGGUCUCUCCGCUUACUCGACCAUCCCGUCGAUUAUUAUGUCUCGGAAUAGAAGGAUCCGCCAACAAACUAGGCUGCGGUGUAAUAUCUCACUCCCCCUCACCUUCGAAGAGGACGACCAAAGUGACAGUCUUAUCGAACGUACGACAUACUUACAUUACUCCACCGGGAGAGGGGUUUUUGCCAAGCGAUACGGCAAGGCAUCAUCGUGAUUGGAUAGUAAGGGUGAUUGAAGAAGCUGUUAGAAAAGCUGGUGUGAGAUGGUCAGAGCUGGAUUGUAUCGCUUUUACCAAAGGUCCAGGUAUGGGUACACCUUUACAGGUCGGAGCAUUAGUGGCCAGAACUCUAUCGUUGUUACAUGGUAUACCAUUAAUAGGUGUGAACCAUUGUGUGGGACACAUCGAAAUGGGACGUCAAAUAACAUCUUCACAUAACCCUAUCGUCCUCUACGUAUCAGGCGGUAAUACUCAAGUCAUCGCAUAUUCACAACAGCGCUAUAGGAUAUUCGGCGAGACGUUAGAUAUAGCCAUUGGAAAUUGUCUAGAUAGGUUCGCCAGGGUGAUUGGAUUAAGGAAUGAUCCGAGUCCCGGGUAUAACAUCGAAGUCGAAGCUAAGAAAGGCAGGAAACUCGUAUCCCUUCCAUACGGUACGAAAGGCAUGGACGUCUCUUUAGCAGGGAUCCUUCAUUCCGUCGAAUCAUACACCAAAGACAAAAAAUACAUCUCAUGGGAUCAACCCGCCUCGGAAGAUGUGAUAACGGCGUACGACCUGUGUUACUCAUUGCAGGAAACUGCAUUUGCGAUGUUAGUGGAGAUCACUGAAAGGGCGAUGGCACAUGUGGGGGCGAGGGAUGUUUUGAUUGUUGGUGGUGUAGGAUGUAAUCUACGUCUUCAGGAGAUGAUGGGUAUAAUGGCUUCGGAGAGGAACGGCAGGGUAUUCGCAACUGAUCAGAGCUUCUGUAUAGAUAAUGGUAUAAUGAUAGCUCAAGCAGGUUUAUUAGCAUAUAGGAUGGGUCAGAUUACUCCCCUGGAGAAAACCGGUGUGACGCAGAGGUAUCGUACGGACGCAGUACAUGUCUCUUGGAGAGCCUAA